AUGAAUACACUUGCCACCUUUUCCCUUGUUCUGUUGACACUGUCUCUUGUUAGCUCGUCGAUGGCUGACCAUAAGGCAAACGUCUUCAACAAUUUGCCUGGAAACGCCAACCUGGUUGUUCAUUGUACAUCUGCAGGUUCAGAUUUGGGCACACAAACUAUAACCUAUUUACAUGACUUCACCUGGACCGUCAAUAACGUUUUGAACUGUGACAUGAGUUGGGGCACUGUGAAGGGAAAUUUCGACAUCUAUGAUCCGAAAAGAGAUGCAACAAGGUGUGCUUAUGGAAAUACUUGCUUUUGGCGUGUGAAGGAGGAUGGUUUGUAUCUCUUCCUCAAGGAGCAGAAGAGGUUGGAGUUGCAGUUUAAAUGGCCAGGAAAGGUUUCUGCUUAG